UGUUGUGGCGAGUAAAACGUGUUCAAGUUAAACUAUUUUAUUCUGAGUGCUUUGAACUUAUCAAUUUCUCCAUCGCCGACAAAUUUCUCAAGGUUUUGCUUCAAGUGAUACCAGACAGAAUGGAGGAAGAUGGUGGAGCCAGGCUGGAGGCUGAAGACAUAGAGGAAGUGAUAGAGUUAGGAGACAACAGUUCAGGGGAUUUGAAUGGUGUGGGUGGUGAUCUUGAUGAGCUGGACAUUGAAGAAGGGGCACAGGUAGAUGAGGCUGAUGUGCAGGAUAAUGCAGAUGUGAUAUUUUCAAAGCACACAGAUGCUGUGUUCUGUGUGCGAGUAGACCCAGCCACGUGUGCGAGAGCUGUCACAGGGGGACAGGACAACAGAGCUAUGGUGUGGGAUGUCUCCUCCGCCAACACCCUGUUUGAGUGCACAGGUCACACAGACUCAGUUACGAGCGUGGGCUUCAGUCACGAUGGUGUUUACCUGGCUACAGCUGACAUGAGUGGUUUAAUUAAGGUCUGGGAAGUAAGCAGUUGGAAGGAGGUCUGGGCAUUUCACUGCUCUGAUAUUGAGUGGCUGGAGUGGCACCCGAUGGCGCAUGUAUUACUGGUGGGGACUUCAGACGGAGAUACGUGGAUGUGGAAAAUACCCAGCGGUGACUGUAAAACGUUUCAGGGUCAUGGGUCAACAGUGGGAUGUGGGCGUUUCUUACCUGAUGGUAAGCGAGCGUGCACUGGCCAUGCAGAUGGCACUGUCAAAGUCUGGGACUUGCGAACAACCACAUGUUUACACUCUGUUACAGGUCAUGACGGCCAUACUGCUGAUGUGGUUGCCAUGGAUUGUCACCAUGACAACACUAUAGUGGUGACAGGAUCAGCAGACAGCACAGCAAAACUCACCAACACGGAAACAGGAAAGGUGUUGGCAACCUUCCAGUGUGGAAAGCCAGCCAGUCUAGAGACUGACUGUGUGGAGACAGUGGGCUUCAGUCAAACUCAGCCUCUGGUCGCCACAGGCUCUCUCUCUGGAUCACUGUGUGUCUGGGAUGUUCCUACACAAGUGUUGCGACAUACUUGUCCACAUGAGGCCGGUAUUGUGAAACUGCGCUGGGACUCUGCCACCUCCAUGAUUUACACAGCCAGUCUGGACAGAGUUCUCAGGUUGUGGGAUGCGAGAACAGGCAACAUUGUGUCUCAGUGGACAGGCCACCAAGGAGAAAUUUUAGACUUUGACAUUGCCAGAGAUGGAGGUGUACUUGUUUCAACAUCAGAAGACCAAACAGCCAGAGUAUUCUCCCUUCAUGAGCUUGACCGAUAACCAAACUUCGAUGCCCAGAUGGCUGAAAUGGAAAUACGCAAAUACAUGUAGAAGGGGGUCUCAAAUCUCAUGAGCUAAAUUAAAGAUAGAUCCCACUCUCUGUGAUUAUGUACUACAUGUAUCAUUUUAUUAAAGGAAGACAAACAAAUUAGCAUUCUCAAUUUCUUGAGUCAGCAGUGUUCCAGUAUGGAUGCUAUUACUGACCAGCAAAGUUUUCUGGACAGUAGCAAGAUUGUUAUCGAUUAUAUCAGAUUAUCAAAUUAUGAUUUUAGU